CUCUCUCUGCAUGUGACAGUCAGUUGUGUUGGAAGGAGGGUGGGCUGCUCAUUUAAGUAGAACUGCAGUGUGUCUGGUGGAACAGAAGGACAGACAACACGGAGCUACAAACACAAUGUUGCUAAGGGCCCUCCAUGUGGGGCUCCUCCUGCUGCAACUCUCUGGGACACUGGAGGCAAAGCUGCAAUAUGCAGUUAUCUUCCCAGUAGAGAUGGUCUUUCCUCGUUCUGAACAAGCCUGUGUGCACCUGGAGGGGGCGGAAGGAGAAAGUCAGAUACAACUCACCCUUCAGAUGGGCAAAAGUAACACAACGGUGAUAGAGAAGUCAUCCCAGCAGGAAUCCUACUUCAACUGCGUUACAUUUAAGGUGCCGCCUCCCUCUGAAGGGAAGGAAGAAGUGGCCACCAUGCAGGUUUCUAUCCAGAGUGGAGGAGAGACAAUAAGCAACAACAAGAAAGUUCUGGUGAAGAGAGCAAGAACCAGUCUUUUCAUUCAAACAGACAAAGCUGUGUACAAACCAGGACAGACAGUGAGAUUCAGAGUUGUUUCCCUUAAAGAGAACCUCCAACCAGGAGAAGCUCAGGUGCCAACCAUCAAAUUACAGGACCCAGGGAAGAACCGUAUUGGCCAGUGGCUGAAUGUAAGUCUCCAGCAAGGAAUCGCUGAGCUCUCACUGCCCCUCUCUUCUGAGCCUCCCUUUGGAGAAUAUUCUAUUCGUGUAAAGAACACUGUCCAUGUCUUCAAUGUAGAAGAAUAUGUUCUGCCCAGAUUUGAGGUCACUCUCCAACUCCCCAAAGUGGUUGCGAUUAACAGUAACCAAUUCCCUGUAAAGAUCUGUGCCAGGUACACUUAUGGGAAACCAGUGCAGGGAACGUAUACGGUCAGUGUGUGCCGGAGGUCACAGCAGUUUAGGCAUCGGAAUCUGAAAUUGGUGUGUACAGAAGUCAGUGAGAAGCUGAACCAGUCCGGCUGCUCCAUGAUGGAUGUGACGUCUUCUAACUUCAGUCAUCACAUGAUGCAUUAUUCGAUGGAACUGGAGGGACAUGGCUCAGUUACAGAAGACGGGACAGGAAUUGUGAUUUCUGCAUCUGGCAAAUCCAAACUCUCAACCCAACUCACCAAUGUGACCUUCCUGGAUGCUGAUCUUGUUUAUAAGCCUGGGAUUCCAUACCGCGGGACAGUAAGGGUGGUAGAUGUCUACGAAACCCCAAUCCCAAACCAGUCAGUGUAUCUGACCGACACAAAUGGAAGAGUGAACCAGACCUUGGAGACGGAUGAGAGUGGACUUGCUUCCUUCAAGUUGGAGAGCACAGCAGAGUGGAAGGGAAUAAUGCACUUAACGGCCAAGACACUUGAGGAGAAUCCCUUUAGAUUGAACCGUGAUGAUCUCAACCCCAAAUACAGUUCAGCAAAUCUUAAAUUGAAACAUUUCUAUUCACGGAGCAAGAGUUUCCUGAAGCUCCACAUCCAGAAGGGGGAGCUCCUGUGUCAGGGGCAACAAGAAUUCCUGGUGGAAUAUCUUAUCAAGGGCACUGAGUUGGGAGAGGAGGCAAAACACUUGGAGUUACACUACCUGGCAGUUUCUAAAGGUACAAUAAAAGAUUCUGGCUUUUUGGAAAUUCCAAGAAAUAACGAAGGUGAAAUCCUGAAGGGCGAGGUCUCCAUCAAGCUUGAGCUCAGUGCCGACUUCUCUCCGACUCUUCGACUUCUGACCUACGUUUUACUCCCUGGUGGAGAGAUGGUGGCAGAUGCAGCAACAUUCAAGCUACAAAGGUGUUUUAGGAAUAAGGUAUCAGUUGGAUUUUCCCCAGAUGAAGUUCUACCAGGAUCAGAUGUUUCCCUACAAGUUCAGGCAGAUGCCGGGUCCCUCUGUGGCCUGAGAGUGGUGGAUCAGAGUGUGGUGCUAAUGAAACCUGACAAAGAACUAAUGCCCGACAAGAUACAUGGUCUCUUCCCUGAACCUGGAGACUAUGAUUCUCGCCUUUGGGAUGCUGAUGAUAAUCAAUGUCAAGAUCAAAGCAGAUUUUAUUAUAGACCGUCAAGGCGUGAAAGAGAGGAAGUUGAUGUCUACAGCUUGUUUAAGGAUAUGCGGCUGAAAGUAUUCACCAGCGCCGACAUUAAAAGUCCUAUGAAGUGUCCACAUUAUGAUUCUGUGACUUACAAAAGUUAUCUGAAACAUCAUGAAGGCUUUAUAUUUAGUAGAAUAGUUGGUGCUACUCUUGAUGACAGGAGAUCCAAUACAAGACUGGAAAAACCAAAUGUGAUCCCAGAAGCAGAUCCUGCGGCAGUUGAAAUUAUCCGAACGUACUUUCCAGAGACAUGGAUAUGGGAGCUGGUAUCUGUGGGAGAGUCUGGUACAACAGAGCUCCAUCGUUCAGCCCCAGACACCAUCACAGACUGGAAUGCUGGAGCUUUCUGUAUGGGACCCAGUGGAUUUGGCAUCUCCCCACCAACCUCCCUUCGAGUCUUCCAGCCCUUCUUUGUGGAGCUCACUCUGCCGUACUCUGUGGUGCGAGGAGAGUCUUUCACUCUCAAGGCCUCUGUCUUUAACUACCUAAGGGAAUGUAUGAAGGUUCAGACCACCCUGCUGCCAUCACAAGAGUUAGAGGAGGAACCAUGUACUGACUGUCAGUUUAGCAGCUGUCUCUGUGCAGAGGAAAGCAAGACCUUCUACUGGAACAUUAAAGCCGCUAACCUGGGAGAGGUGAAUGUCAUGGUAAAGACAGAGGCUCUGGAUACUCAGGACUUGUGCAAUAAUGAAAUUCCUAUUGUCCCUAAGCAGGGGAGAUCCGACACUGUGAUUAAGCCUCUACUGGUGCAGCCAGGGGGAGUUCUGGAAGAGAAAUCUCACAGCUCUCUGCUCUGCAGCCAAGAUGGAGAAGAUCAGCCUAAAUCAGAGGAGAUAUCCCUUAGAAUUCCUGAAAAUAUCCUGAAGGAUUCAGAGAGAGCAUAUGUGACGGUCCUAGGAGACAUAAUGGGAACAGCCAUGCAAAACCUGGACCGUCUCCUGGCCAUGCCGUAUGGAUGUGGGGAGCAGAACAUGGUUCUCUUUGCUCCCAAUAUCUUCAUUCUACAAUAUCUGGAGAAGACUCACCAACUGAGCCUUGAGAUCCAAAGCAAAGCCAAAGGGUUCCUUGAAAGUGGGUACCAGCGAGAGCUGACAUACAAACGGGGUGACGGAUCAUACAGCGCAUUUGGGGAAAGUGACAGAGUGGGAAACACAUGGCUGACUGCAUUUGUACUGAAGUCCUUCAAUAAGGCUCGUCCCUACAUCUUCAUAGAUGAAAGUCACCUAAAGCAUUCUUUCUCUUGGCUGAAGAACAAUCGCAAGGACAACGGCUGCUUCCGGAGUGUGGGAAGACUCUUCAAUAAUGCUAUGAAGGGAGGAAUAGAUGACGAAACCUCUCUCUCUACUUAUGUAACAAUGGCUUUGUUGGAAGCUGGUGUAUCUGUCCAGAACCCUGUAGUUGCAGAUGCUUUAUCCUGCCUGAGGAAGGCUGCCAUAGAUGUGAGUAGUGUCUACACCCAGGCUCUGCUGGCCUACACUUUCACUCUGAGUGACGAUACUGAACUCAGGGAGAUGCUGUUGGCUAAACUGGAGGAGAAGGCUGUAAGGAAUGAAGGACAGUUACACUGGGAGAGGAAACCUGCCACAGCUCCCUCUGAUUUAUCCUACUGGUCCCGGGCUCCCUCAGCUGAAGUGGAGUUGACCUCCUAUGUACUGCUGGCUCUUCUCUCUGGCCCCAACAAGGACCUGGGCAAAGCUUCUGAGAUAGUCAACUGGCUGAGCAAACAGCAAAAUCCAUAUGGGGGAUUCUCUUCUACUCAGGACACAGUUGUAGCUCUACAGGCUCUUGCUAAGUAUGCCGAGGCCACAUUCACUGACAAGGGAGAUGCAACAGUCACAGUCAAUUCCAAGACUGGAUUCCAUCAACAGUUCCAUGUGGAUCACACUAACCGGCUCCUGCUACAGAAAUCCUCACUGUCAGAUAUCCCUGGGGAGUUCUCUGUGUCAGUCACUGGGAGCGGCUGUGUGUAUGUACAGACUGUCCUGAGAUACAACAUUCCCCCACCUAGAAGUGAUGCCACCUUCUCAGUACGAGUGGAGACACAACCAGACAAAUGUCCUCAACAUCCAUUAGAAGUGAUAAAGAUAAACAUCACUGCUGAAUAUACAGGAUCUCGGGAGAAAUCAAACAUGGCUGUGAUCGAGUGUAAGAUGCUCUCUGGAUUUAUCCCAGUGAAGAGCUCAGUGAGAGAACUGGAGAAGAGCAAAACGAUAAAGCGGAGUGAGAUUCAGACAGACAUGGUGACAUUAUACUUAGAUGAGCUGGGACAUGAGCCUCUAAAUCUCUUCUUCACGGUUGAACAAGACAUUGUGGUGAAGAACCUAAAGCCGGCCACUGUGAAAGUCUAUGAUUAUUAUGAGACAGGAGAAGAGGCAGUUGCCGAAUACAACUCUCCCUGCAGCUCUGAUGAGGAAAAAGGCAACACAAGAUGAGAACUCAACAAACACCAUUCACAGAUCCAUAAAGUUGAGCGCAAACUGAGGAACGGAUAUAUUUUAAAUCCCUGGAUUUUACGUUUGCAGAUAAUAAAAUACAUUUAUUGUGUUC